AUGUUCAAUUUGAUAACACGUGUGCAGUCUGCUGCUAACCAGGCAUUGACGUCAGCUAGUAUUCUAUCGGGACUAGUCAUAAUCUUGACUUUACUUCAAUUAUACAGAGAUAAUGUUUGGUCUAUUAAUACCACCACCAUUUCUGGAAUAGAGGCAAAAUCAUCGGUCAAAUAUUCAUUUCAAUAUGGUUCAAUUAACAGAAAGCCGAAAGAGAAUGUCAAAAUAUCAUUUGAUUUAGACACAGAUUUGAGUGAUCUUUGGAAUUGGAACACCAAACAGGUUUUUGUUUAUUUGACAGCGGAGUAUCCAGGAAAAUCCAAUGGUAGUUCAAACAAGGUGACCUUUUGGGAUAAAAUUAUAAAAGACAAAAAGGAUGCCAAAUUAAGCUUGAAGGGCCAAAGGGGAAAAUACUCGGUAUGGGACGUGGAAAAGAGCUUUAGAGGAAGAAAUGCUACUGUCAAAUUAGAGUGGAAUAUUCAACCACAUAUAGGGCCAUUGAUAUUUGGGGAAACUUCAAAUGUUGGCCAUUUCGAAUUUCCACAAAAUGAGAAUAAAAAGCAGUAA